AUGUUGGCUCUGAGGUGUGCCGCCAUGAUCGUCGCCGUGUGGCCGCUCCUCGCCGUCACCUCCGUGUCGGUGGUGGCCCGGCAAAAGCGACAGCUGCAGAACUCAUACCUGGGCCUGGGAUCCAACGUGGAAAUACUUCCUGUCGGCGACACGUCUGGGGUGAGCAGCUCGUACAGCGUAGUGGAAACGUCCAAGGUGCCCCGCAGAGAGUAUAACUCGUACAGAUCGAGGAACGCGCACCGGGAUUCAGAACCGGAACACUCCGAGUACCGGGCGUACAACAAGCACCCGUCACCUAGGAGCGGAGCCUAUGCCGGAGAAGUGCCGGGACCGAAACCGUUCAGGUUCCCCGAAGAACGGCGGCAGACGAAACCACCUGCAGAGGACCGGGACGAAGACUUAGACUCGAUACUGGUGCCCGACCACCGGCGAACAGACUUGACGCCCGCCAACCGGAAGAAGUAUAAGCCCAAGAAGCCACAGACCGAGGACGUAGACGAAGAAUCGUUGGAAGAAUCGAAAUCGGCACCCAGGAACGCUAAGGAACCAAAACCAGCUCCCAGAAACAUCAAGGAGAUCGUUGAAGAGCGGCCAGCCGAGAGCAAGAUUUCCAGUGACUUGAAAGACGAGGGAAGUCGGUACGUAGGUCACGGGGCUGGUGGUUACGGAGGUGGCAGCGAGUACGACAAGGAAAAGCACUACGACAAGGAACAGGGCCAGAAGUUCUUGGAGGGCCACAAGUCAGAGGAGGGCGAGAAGGCGGAAAAAGCGUUCAAGAAGGAGGAGGCGUACGACAAGGGUGAGAAAGAAGACUACGGUAGCGACGAGAAACAUUCACAGGUGGCCGAGAAGGCGGGCGAGAAGAAGGGCCACGUGGACCAGGCACAACAUUUUGGUGAGGCGUACCACGGUAACCACGGCGAGAAGGGAAUCACGGUGGUGAAAAAGGGCGGCCACAAGAAGGGUAAGAAGACGUCCGGGUUCCACAAGGUGCACCACAAGGACGAGUACAAGAAGGACGAGGUGUUCUACGACGAGUCGCACGAUGGUGGUGAACAUGAGGAACACAAGCAUGAACAGGAGAAGCACGCCAAGGAGAAGGGUGGACACGAGAAGAAGGGUCACUCUGAUACCGGUUAUCACGAAAGCCAUGGUUCGAAGAAAGCGGAGAGCGAUCACGGCAAGAAGUACGAACAGGCCAAGGGCCACAAGUCCGAAGCUGGGGAGCAGGCUCACCACGGCCAACAGUCUGAAUUCGCCAAGAAGGGUGGCGUCAAGGAGGGUGAGAAGUACGGGCACGCGGACGCUGGCGGUGGUGGUUACUUCGAAAAGGACGGAUACUUUUGA